ACACACACACACACACACUGUACUGCAUUCAGCCCUGUGUCUCUCUCCUGUCUGUCAGCAGCCCACGCAGACGGCGUGCACAUGCGUGCACACAAUAACUAAUAACUCACACAUACAGAGCUGCAGAAGGACAAACCUUCAAAGCACAUUCCUCGAUCGCCAAAUGGUUGCAUGCCCUCACAUGAUUCACAGAGAGAGAGGAAAAAAUCUGUAUUUCAAAAAUGCUUUUUUUCCCCUACUUUUUCACACUCGACUCAUUAAUAUUGAUUCAGUUUACUGAGAAAAAAGACAUCUGAAUUUUGAGUAGGAGUAUUUCAUUCUGAAUCCACCUGUCCUAAAUGACCUCUUGGUUUGUUCCACAGCACCAACAACAGGUGGUCCAGGCCAUGGAGCGCGCCAAACAGGUGACCAUGGGGGAGCUAAAUGCUUCGAUAGGGCAGCAGCUUCAGGCCCAGCACCUCUCCCAGCAUGCCCAGGGUUUCCCACACCCAUCGGGACUGUCCCACCCCGGCCUGGCGCUCGGCGGAGGGUCCGGCCUGCUGGCCUUGUCCGGGGCUCUAGGGGCCCAGUUGGCUGCUAAGGAUGAGAGAGCUCACCUCGAGGCAGCGGCUGCAGCCGCUGCAGCUGCAGAGCACCACAGAGACCGUGAAGCAGGACCAAGCUCUCUGUCCAAUGGGGAUAAGGGUCGCCCAGCAGACUACCUCAGUAAUGGCAAGAAGAGGAAAGCUGAUGAGAAGGAGUUCAUGACCGACUAUGGCAGCGAUGCGGAUAAGAGUGAUGAUAAUUUGGUGGUGGAUGAGGACCCAUCGUCCCCCCGCAGUGUGCAGUCUUACUCAUCCAGGGAGAACGGCCUGGACAAGAUGCCCCCCUCCCGUAAGGAGGGCCCCCCGCAGGCCAGCCCCGCCUCCCUUGCCUCCUCAAGCAGCGCAGCCUCCCCAUCUCGUGGCAAAGAGCCCCCACAGAGGGAGAAGUCCAGUACUCCAGGCAUGAAGCCAGGGACCCCCAUGUCUCAAGAGUCCAACACCCCGGGACCCAGCGGACCUCCACAGUUCAGACCUGUCCCUGGCAAGCCUGGUGUCGAUCCCCUCGCACUGGGUCUGAGAAACCCCCUGGCGGUGCAGGGAGCGUAUCCUCCAGGGGCUUUCGGCCUGCCUCCAGGGGUGAACGGGGACCUGGUCGGGGCGGCAGCGGCUUAUGGUGCCGGACUCCACUUAGUCUCCCCCCAGAUGAAUGGAGCUGCAGCUGCAGCAGCGGCAGCAGCUGCCGCAGGCUACGGACGCUCUCCUGUGGUGAGCUAGACGCUCUGCAGAUAAUUAGUCUUUCCAGUGUCACUGUCAUAUCUAAUA